AUGUCCGAAGUCAUAGAUUACAGAGUUUCUCGUAUCGUAGUUCAUUGCAAGGAUUGUGGCCUCGAUGUUGGUCUCUAUCCUGCGCGUCACAAAUGCGGAGUCGUCGCCGCAGAUUCUUUGGAACCCCUUCCUCCUGUAAAAAAUUCAAGCAUGCAAAAUAAUAAUAUUGCAAGUAAUGAAGGCAUUUCAGGCGAAGGGUUAUGGGGUAAACUUAGAUCUGUACGCAACUGGAAGGACAUUAAUGGUGAUGGAACUACCACUUUAAGCGCCGCUCAACCUACCCAAGGCUAUAAGUUAUGGGAUAAGCUACUAAGUGCAGCCGCGGCAUAUAAAGUAGUGGAAGGUGAUUCAGAGAACGAAUCCGAGAAAGAAGAUUGGGAGGGAGAGACCCAUAUUUCUCGUAUCUUGAGGGAGUAUUAUAUGAAAAAAUCUGGUGAUAUCCCCAAUUGGCUAUAUGAUUCUAAACCAAGUUCCUCAGAAAAGUCUACAAACGUCACUUCCCUUAGAAACAUUAGUAAACGAUUAAUCGAAAGGAACAAAAAUUUGUCACAGACAUCAAACACUGGUGACAUUCUCGAUAGUGGGUUUUCAAAAAAUGGUAGCAGUAAUAGAAGUGAACAAAUAAAGGUUCACGUAUCACCCCCGAGUUCACCAUCGCCAAUCCCUAUUAUUAACAAGGGUCGAGAAAACAGCGGAUACGAUCGUUCCCGAAAUAUGAAUUAUACACAAGGUAGCCAAUCCUCUAAAAAUUAUGAUUCGGACAAAUACAAUCUCCGAAUUAACAGUAACAGUUUGGGCAGCACUCGAACAUUCCAUGCGCAUACACCUUCCGAUGAUAAUGGAAGAAUGUCGCAACAACGAUCGAGAGGUACCGAGAGACAGGAUAACUUUAGAACGGGUCGUAGUAGGGAAUUAGAAUUGAUUACAAAUACUGCAAAUAAUGUUAAUAGAGCAAGAAGUGUGAGUCCUAGUCCGUCAACUCGCGUUCCACCAUCGGGAAUCUAUAGUAGAUUCCGAGAGACCAAUGACAUUCGUGGUAGGAAUCAAGACGUACGAGUUCCUACCGGAAGAAAUUAUGGUGCCUUUUAA